AUGAGAUUUUUCAAGAAAUCAGACUCGCGUUUCUAUACGAUGACCACCAAUAGCUUACAAACAGAUUUUGAUCGAGUGCAGCAUCAAAAGAGAGUAAAUACAUUGACACAUGUGAUGAACUUGUUUGAGGAGCGAAACAAGCACUCGCCUGUACCUCCGGCAGGACCACUGCCUAUCAAAGCAAACGGAGCCAUGGUGGUGCAUCGACCGAAUAAGUAUGAAGAGAAUGCGGACAUAGACGAUGACGAAGGAGAAUUUAUCAUGAUUCAGAACGAAAGGACGUUGGCAGUACAUGAAGAGAACAAGAGACUUCGGCAGCAAAUCCUGGUUGAAAGGGAGCAGCAUGAUCAUUGGAGACUAGCACAAGAGAAACUCGUGCAGGAGCUAUCCUUUGCGCAAAACUCAAUCAAAAGUCUACAACGAAAGAAUGAUUUAUUUCAAAAGCUAGUUUUACCGAACCAAGAAAAAAAGCGCCAGUCGACAUCAUUGGAAGAUGGACAGAUCGCUGCUUCCUAUGAGCGCAAACUUGGUAUUCUGCUGAACGAAAUUGAUGCUAUGGAGGCGCAAGAAACCGCCACAUGUAAUAAUUUAGCAGUCCAAAGAAGCAAGCUUGAUCAUCUGGUUAGAAAAUUACAGCAUAAAGACGAUGUUAUAAGGCAGCUGGCUUGCGAUUUACAUUUCGAAAAAAAUCACCUUUCAUUGGCUUGA